GUGGUCUUGUCAGAUUUUCGUUUCAGUUUUCACUUUUCAGAAAACGGGAAGAAAAUAAGAUCAUUCAGUUUUCUUAAUAAAUUUAAAGUAAGUACAUACUCCAAAGUAGUCUUAUGUACUUUGUGAACAAAAUAUACAGUCUUGUAAAUUCAUAUAAAAUUACAAUCAAUGCUGCGUACACUGACUAUUAGCCUUUUAAAAUGCCGGCGCGCCAAUAUCGCUGAAUCAUUUGUUACCAAACAUUACGCGACUGGGACUGUGCGGUCUAUAAAUUCUCAGGCGAAUAAAAUAGUUAAUGCCAUGGCUGUUGAUAAAUCCAAUUUCUUAUUACCCAAUAACCAGAGGUUUGUGGAGUUAGAUAGCUCACAAGCAUUUGCCAACUUGACAAAUCAAGAGAAAUUAUAUGCACACUAUUUGAGUCGGGCCGCUUGGAAUGGAGGUUUGAUAGUACUCAUUCAGACAAGCCCAGAAUCUCCUAGAAUAUUCUCUCUGUUGCACAGGAUAUUUCUUGGAGAACCUUUGGAAAACCUCAAACAAUCGGCCUUAAAGGCUGGUGUGACAGAGGAUGACUUUCAGGCAUUUUUGGUAUAUGCUGGCGGUGUCUUUGCAAAUAGUGGCAAUUACAAAGGGUUUGGCGACACAAAGGUGAUACCAAAUCUCUCAAAGGAAGCCUUUGAACAAAUAGUGAAGGCAUCUAAAGCAUACGAAAAUGAUUCCACCCACAUGACUAAGCUCUGGCAAAAUAAUUCCAAUGCUAUUUACAGCAUUGCACCGAGACUCACUAGCUUAGGAUUAGCUGAUAAGGGAGUGACAACUUAUUUUUCAAGUAACUGUACAGAGGCUGAUUCGAAUUUGGUAAAUGAUUGGAUGAAGACGAAGCGCAUUGAGGCAUACAUAUGUCGAACUUUCAAGACGGUUGCUGAGGAUGGGUUACCACUAUACACAAUUCAUUUAGCGAGUGUCGAAAAUGCACCAAAAACAUCUCUAACUAUGGACGUGGAAAAGUAUAAGAAUGCGUAUUUCCAAGUGACACGGGGUGAUUACUCUCCACUGCUGCAGCUAGUCAACGAAAACCUGGAGAAGGCUCAGCAAUAUGCUUCAAAUGAUGUGGAAAAGAACAUGAUAAAACAUUACAUCAUUAGUUUUAAAGAAGGCGACUUGAAUGAGCAUAAAGAGGGCAGUAGAUACUGGAUCAAGGAUAAGGGACCAAUAAUUGAAACGUAUCAAGGCUUCAUAGAAACAUACCGCGACCCGAGCGGCCAGCGCGGCGAAUUCGAAGGGUUCGUAGCGAUGGUAAAUAAGCAAAUGUCGAUGAAAUUCGGCGCGUUGGUCGACGGAGCUGAACGGUUCAUCGAACUCUUGCCCUGGGGAAAACACCUGGAGAAGGAUUCCUUCCUACGACCGGACUUUACUAGCCUGGAUGUGCUUACUUUUUCUGGCAGCGGCAUACCGGCUGGCAUCAACAUUCCUAACUAUGAUGAGAUCCGCCAAAAUGAAGGAUUCAAAAACGUAUCGCUGGGUAACGUGAUACCCGCGGCUUAUAAAGAGUCGGUCAUUCCCUUCUUAUCAGAAGCCGACAAAAAACUAUUAGAGAAAUACAGGGUCGCAGCGUUCGAGGUUCAAGUUGGCCUGCACGAGCUACUGGGGCACGGUAGUGGCAAGCUGUUGCGUCAAAACGCUGACGGAACAUUCAACUUUGACAAAGAGAAUGUCAAGAAUCCAUUGACAGGUAAUCCCAUCAAAAGUUGGUACACUGAGGGCGAGACGUAUGACAGCAAAUUCACCACUCUUGGCUCAGCCUUCGAGGAAUGCCGUGCCGAGGCAGUGGGGCUAUAUCUGUCGUUGGAACCGCAGAUACUCAAGAUUUUCGGCUACGAAGGCCAGGAAGCGGAGGACGUGACGUACGUGAACUGGCUGAGCCUGCUGUGGAACGGCGCCGCCAAGGCCACGGAGAUGUACCAACCCACCACUAAGACUUGGCUGCAGGCUCACGCGCGGGCGCGUUUCGUUCUAAUGCGUUUAUUGGAGCUGGAGGGUGACGGGUUAUUGACUGUUACUGAAUCUGAGCCCGGCAAAGAUCUACUACUGACACUCGACAGGAAUCGUCUCAAGACAGACGGCAAGAGAAUCGUCGGCGAAUUCCUGGUGAAGCUGCAGACUAUAAAGGCGACGGGCGACGUUUCUAGCGGCGAGGCGUUAUUCAACAAGUACUCCAGCCUUGAAUCACCCUGGGCAAGAUGGAGGGACAUAGUGCUGUUACACAAACAGCCGCGCAAUAUAUUCGUGCAGCCUAACACUGCGGUCAAAGAUGACACCGUAGAACUCAAGCGGUACCCGGCUAGUGCAGAAGGCAUGGUAGCCUCGUGGGUGGAUCGUUUUCCCGACGCCACUGUGGACGAUAUCCUGGAACAACUCGCGGAGGCCGACGCCAAGUACUUCCAGGAUCUGCAACCGCUACUCGCUUAACUGAUAGACUACAAUAAACACUGAUACAUUAUAUUCACCGUCUUUUAUUGUCCCCCCUUGUCUGUCAAAAUCUCUUAUUCACGCGGGUGUUACGAAAUUGGUGAAUUCGUCGAAUCUUCUUUUCGACAAAUACGCCAUUGGUUAAGUCCAUGUACAGUAGGGUAUAGAGGUAUUAUUACAUUGGGUAUACCCGCAGUUAUAUAUAGCCGUAGCCAAACGCUUUAUAAGACCUUAUUUCCACUAAGCGGCUAGUCGCGGGCUUUUGGCCGCGCGCGAUUCCUAUUUCUUCAGAUAUAAGAAAGUAUACCAAUUCCCAUUGACGCGGCUGCGAUUCGGCAGGUCGCUACAAAGCUUAAUUGGAAAUAAGGUCUUAUACAUAUCCAAUCUUUAUGUAAUGUCU